ACAGUCGCAUUACACGUUAAACGCUGAAGACCAUGAUUUUUUCUACUGUACCAUGUACCAUUGAGCUUAAUCAUGAUACAUUCAAAAUCAAUCAAAUUGUUUAACAGACAUUCGAUAUUUAAAUUUUCAGUCUGAAGCUGAAAUUGAAUUCAAUUAAUCGAACCAACUUUAGAGCUAUCUCAGAAUUAGACACGCCUUUUUGCAAGUCUGGUAUUUUACAAUUAUUUUUGUUAACCAAUAGUUAUUUGUCCUUAAUUUUUUUUUCAAGCAAAAACGCAAUCUAAUUGCCUUUAACUUUCAGUUGAAUUUUCAGGACUUUCUCUUACUAGGUCUACUUUUAUCUUCAUUUCGAAUUCUCGUCCGAGAUUUUAUCUCUCAUUUGAGGUUUUAUCUUAAUUUUAUCAAAAAUUCUUAACCAAAAGCAACGUUCGAAAUGGAGACAACUCAGAACUUCAAAUUGGGUUAUUCAUUAGGGGCAGGUAGUGGCAAUGGGGUGUUCAACGCACUCGCCAUGGGCGGAGACGAAGGCUCUCUAGUUCCGACUGACGGUUAUUGGGAGUGGAAAGACAACAGCACAGGUUUGAAGUACGUGCCCGUGUCACAACUGGAGAAGAAUAGAACAAAGGGGGGAAACCAGCAGUCUACCCGAGGGGGAGGGGGUGGGGGUUUUGCGGGCAGGGACCAACUGAUAGAUAUGAUGAAGAAACAGGGCAUCCGCAUACCCGGAGCACCGAUCACCAUUCCUAGCAUGUCCAGGUUGAGUUUUGUACUUAACAGGAAGGAGACGACAAUUGAAGCAGAUCAGAAAGUGACGCUUGAUAACGUGAAGGAAGUGGCUCUCAUCCAAUCAGAAUUGAGUGUGACCGAAGAGUUCUCGUAUCUUAUCCAAUCACAAGCAUUUCACAACUUCCUUCUGAGUCUACUAACCUAUUUCAAUGAGUACUUCAAGAUAGUGGAGAUAGACAACCAGCCGAGGGGCAUGGUGGCCGAAAUGAGUGCGGUGGAGCUGAAGGCGAGGGAGGAGGCCAACAGGAACAUGCAGACAUCUGAGAAGGCACUCGGAUUCAACUAUUCUAUCCUCAUUCUAGGAUUGGAGCUGCCUGAGUUACACCAUAUGGAGUGUGGAAAGAGCAGAGUGAGUUCCCUUCACAAAGACAGAGCACUCUUCGAGAAAAUGUACACGUUUUCCACUUACAUCGUGUGGAUCUGCUUCAAACGACCAGACAUUGAUCUGAUUAAACGGGAGAUAGGACGCAUACUCAAAUCAGACCACUUCAACCCCCACGCACGGAGGGGAGCGGGAGGGGCCUCAGAUCAGGGGGUGAAGGGGGGUCAGCGGGCCAAUAGCCGGGGAGGAGGGGUGGGGGCAGGGACGGCGUCGUUUAUGGAACGGGCGAGAAUGUCGGAGACUUCUUUGCUCAAAGUCACAGCGGAAGCGAACAAAGCGCGGAAAGAUCUGGUCAAAAAGGCUCCCAUAAUGUCAAUUGUCGGUCAGAAAAGUCCGGUGCUUCGAUCUCUUCUUCCCUCGACCAAAGAACAAGCAAUGUGGCUAUUCGAAAAACUGGACCAAGAAAGCCUCAAAAAACACAAAGAAGGCGGAAAUAAGGAAGAUAAAACUUUCAAAUUAGGAAAUGAGUUCAAUUCUGAUGACCUUGAAAACAGGAAGAUCGGAAUAAUCGGCGAGAGUUCACGAAAGUUCAACUCAAUUACACUCGUUCCAGUUGACAAAGAGAAGAAAGGUGACAAAAAUAAAGAAACGACAUCUCUGACAAAUGAAGAAACGGAAGAGGAUUCGGAAAGCAAACAAGAAAACGCAGAUAGUUCGUAAAAGUGAUUCUGAAAACUUGAUACAUGAUUGGCAGUAAUUUUAGCCCCGAAUGUUUGGACCAAAUGAACACCUCUAAAUGUAUGCAAAUUUUUGAUGUUUCCAUUAAACCAACUUAGGAUACAAAAAUGACAAAAUCAAAAAUUUAUUUAAAAAAAAUUGAAUAAAGUGAUGGCAACUA